CAGCCGCAUGCUAUCGUGAAAUACUCAUUCAAUGGAUCUCAUGUGGACGAGCUAUCCUGCGCAGCUGGUGAUACCGUUGUUCUCAAACGCGACGUUGAUGAUCAAUGGAUUUAUGGUGAGAUCUGGUCAUUGCGAAGAAGUCUGCGCCAAAUGAUGGUAAAUGACCAGAUCACAGCCACCGAACGAGUUGGCACUGAUUGGUUGCGAGGAACAUUGAAUGGUCGAGAAGGCAUCUUCCCAGCUAAUUUUGUCUCAUGCCCUGGUAUGGCUAGCCUACCGCUUACGCCAGCUUCAACUCAGCCACAGCCAAUGGAACAAAUGACUGCAGCCUAUGACUAUUCUUCUGGCGUUGCUGGUGAUUUGGAAUUCAGGGCAGGCGACACCAUACAAGUGAUAGCACAUUUGGAUCAAGACUGGAUCCGGGGACGCGUGAAUGGGCAGGAAGGUCUGGCUCCGCUGUCGUUCUUGGCGCCCUACGGUACUCCAGUCAAGAGUCCAAAGACAAGAGGACUCGCAGCUAUUGCAGCUCUUGGCGGCGGGGGAAAG